GAAGUGGAAAUUGAACUAGUUUACUUUCACUUUAGUUGGAUGAAACUCCAUAGCUCUAGAUUGUAGAUAACCUGCAAUCUCCCCUAACACCUUUUCCACCUCUCUUUCUUUCAAUCCCACCUAAAAGACAAACACCACCCUUCUUCUUCACACACUCUCUCCAUUUCCCAACCAUGUAAUUCCACCCCCACUUCAACAAUGCAAGACACCCUCAAUUUCCCCACCACCACUUCCGCCGCCACCUCCACCACCGGGAAACUCCUCCAACCCAUCUUCCUCCCCAAAACCCCUUCUUUCCUCCGCCGGAAAACCACCAUUUUCCCCACCUUUUCCUCCAAAACCACCACAAUCCACCCUCUUAAACCACCCAAAAUCCAACCUUUACCUUCCUCAACCCCAAACUCCCACCCCAAAACCACCCUCCCCACUUCCUCCGACCCUGAAUUCGAAGAAAAAACCCUCUUCCUCGACUCCAUAGGACUAGACUCUCUCUCUCUCCUCCCUCCUUCCGCCAUUGCCGCCGCUUCUUCUCUCUCCGACCUCAAAACCCUCUUCGAUUACCUCACUUCUCUCGGCUUCUCUCCGCCGCAUCUCCGCCGUAUCACCACCAUGUGUCCUGAGAUCCUCUCCCUUCGCCUCCACAACACAGCCCCUGUUUUCGCCUUCCUUCUCCGAGAAGUCAAGGUGCCAGUUCAUCACCUCCCCCGUGUAAUCUGCCGUCGUCCCCGCCUUCUCGUCUCCGAUGUAGAAACCCGGCUCCGACCCACCUUGUAUUUUCUCCAGAGCAUUGGGAUUCAUGAGGUAUAUAAGCAUACUGAUCUUCUUUCAGCUUCUGUUGAGGAUAAAUAUUUGCCUAAAAUUGAGUAUUUUGAGAAAGUGGGUUUUGCAUAUCAUGAUUCUGUGUCUUUGUUUAGGAGAUUUCCUGCAUUGUUUUGUUACAGUGUUAAGGAUAAUUUCGAGCCUAAAUAUAAUUACUUUGUGGUUGAAAUGGGGAGGGAUUUGAAGGAAUUGAAGGAGUUUCCUCAAUACUUUUCGUUUAGUUUAGAGAAGAGGAUUAAGCCUAGGCAUCAGUGUUGUGUAGAAAGGGGUGUUUGUUUUCCUCUUCCUUUGAUGUUGAAGAUGAAGGAUGAGGAUUUUCGAAAGCGAUUGGAUGUUUGUUGUAAUUCUUCUAUGCCUAAGAGCAAUUCCCCUUUGUGGGGUUUGCAAAAAACCAAAUGACUUGUGAAUUUAUUGUUGUUAAUACAAUGUAGAUUGCUCAUUGUUUUAACUACUGUAACAUACAUGAUCAAGUGAAUAUAUCAAGGUUUAUAGAUGAAUACAUGAUGUUCUUUCCAGCUCUAUGUUG